AUAGACACCAGCCAGGUUGACUUCUACUCCCAAUUUUAUUAAUAAGAAUCUAUCUGCAUCCUUGUUACAAGAUGAAGACAAACACAGUGAUCCGUUUGAUGUCACUGAUGUCUAUCUGGAUGUGGACCGGAGAAGGUCAGGCAUUCCACCCUGUGCUUACAUCGAAUGCUUUCCUAGCCAAUGUCACCAGUAAUACAGUGAUACUGAAGCAGCCGUAUUGUGUAUUUAAUCAGCCGUGCCCUGGCUGUGAGAUAUGGCUGGUGGCUGGGCUGUGCUCAGCAAACGGCAAAUUUGAUGCGCUAGUAAACAACUCAACUACCAACAUCCUCAGCUUGUCACCCUACCCAACAGCAUUCAACCCAUCAUCACAGAACUUCUUUCUGACCAGAGUUGGACUUCUGUCAGACUUCCCCUGUAAUCAGUUCUCCAAUGGUCCUUACUUCGUAGUCGGCGCUGAUGGGAUUUGUAGUGGCGUCAACUGUAAUGGAGUAUUACCUGAUGGAUCCACCGUUUGCUUCAAGUAUCUUCUAAUCGAUGCUAAUAGGACUCUUGUUAAUUCGUCAAACUGGUCUGGCAACAUUACUCUUACCAAACUAAUACCCCUUCACACCAUUUAUGAUGGUCUGAGUGCGAGAUCUGGUGCCAUGGUUGUCAUUACUACCAUCCUAUGUGUGGCUGUGGCUCUGCUUUUACUUCUUUUCCUCAUUAUGUUAUGCGUAACCUGCUGUGCCAAGAAAGACGGUAAGCAAAUCUCAGUCAUGAACUCAAUCCGUAUCCCCCGCUACGACACCCACAACCUAAAGGAGCGCGUGCAUCCCUACGACAACCCUGCUUACCAGUCGGACUUGAAAAAUUACUCCACAUCUUCCACUCUGCCCAAGGAUGGCGCACGGAAGCUGUGAUCUCCCACAGACACCAUCACUGCACUACAUAUUCCAGGGGACAGCAAACUACGUUGCAGUAUUUUCUCUUUCACAGUUACAAGGCAAAAUAGAGGACAGGAAGUAAACUUGAAAUUAACACGUCAACUCUAUGAAACUCACAUCAUGCAUGUGUUACAUUGGUGUUUGGCAUCAGAAAUGUUUCUUGUGUAGAAUCAAACCAGAAUGGUUGUGCUAAAAGCUUCUUUUUAGUCAUCAUCUUCCAGCUUUUUGUAAACUCUUGUGGCCUCAGUAUUGUUUGAGAUCAAAGGAACAGAUGGAACAGAACUGCACUACAAUGACUACAACAUGCACAUUCACUAGAUGGCGCUGUUUAGUAGGAAAUAUGUGGUUAGAGUGCCACUCAUACUGUAGUAUUUACUAGUGCAGUGUUUUCUAACCUUUCUUGUCUUAUUAGGGGUCAAAUAGGUCUAAAUAACCCUUUAUCAACAAACCAGGUGAAUUGGUUUCUUUUAAGUCAUAUUAUACUGGAUAUCUUUUAUUAUUAAUAUCACAAAACUUUUUUUCUUUUUCUUUUUAAUGUUUAAUCAUAAUUAGUCAUCAUUCUCUUAGUUAGUGGUUUUAUAAGUUGUUUUAAUCUUUGUCAGCUGUAUGCUAUAUGUACACAAAGCAGUUACCCUGGUCUUUAAUCAUUUUGAGUUUAGGUUAAAAUGUUAUGAAUUUACAUAUAUCACAGGUGUUUUAAUUUUUCUUUAUUUUUAUGAUUGUUAAUCAUGUUUUAUGCAGAAAUCUUGCUUAAACAGUCUUGGAGUAAUAGUCAAAAGUUCAGCCAUUCCAUGUAGUUUCUCUGUUAAUACAAUGCAAUUAAUAAAAACUGGAUGUUUAAUAAUUAUACAGUUAAGUUCUGAGGAAGCAUCCUAACUGUGAUACAACCUCAUAAGCGAGUAAAUGAUACUCUAACGAGCAUAAAAAUAAAGAGAACACACAAAUAUUGGGUAACUCAUUUUAAUUUUUUUGUUGAUACUGCUCAGUAUUGAAUGAAAUAAAAGUUUAUUUACAA